AUGGCUUUUAGGGACAGAGUCUCCCUUGAAUGGUGUGAUGGACGGUGUUGUGAACCUUUUUGGAGGAAUGGCCUGCUCCACCUCGUCGAUGAAGGGCAAAAAGUUCACUUGAUCAACUUCCCUGCACAAGGCCUCCUCUACACUUCCCUUAAGUUGGAGACUCUGAAGUCGGUCAUUCACAAGCCUCUUGACAUCUUCUGCUCGCAGGGCUUGUGGCUUUCGUUGGCGCCUUCCAUGAUUCAAGAACCUUUGGUUAACUUCCUCAUUAACUCCCAAGGGUUUAUUUCCUUGGCUAUCUUGCCCGUGAGGGGAGCUAGUGGACUGAGCUUGUGA